UGCAUUUCCUGCAUUAGUUCGUUCCAUCUUGCUUAACUGAACACAGCCUUGAAAGAAGAGAAAGCGCAAGAUAAGUUGGAUUGCAUCAGCCAUAUCGGUUGGAUGUGCGCAGUGAAUAUUUUUGGACAAUUGUCGGUGUUUUACACCACUUUCUUUAUUAUUAUCUUUAAUUUAAACAAAUGCACAACUCCGUGGCUUGGCGUCAGGAACCCAAUCCACGGUUUUAAACCUGUUAUCAAAAAGACAUAGAAUGGCGUAUGGACUAGCUUUAUAGGUCUACUGAGCCAAAAGAGCACCAAACCCAACCGAGAAAGCGCAAGAUGAUGAACGAAAAAAUGAUGGACGCGCGUAGACGCGAAAGAGAAUUAAUAGGAUUACGUGGAGUUCGUGAGGCUUGGAGUAAAUCUCCUAUACAGAUCGAAUAUAGUUCUGAUGAUGAGGAGGAAGACUUCAGCAAACACAAGAUCAAAGAUAUUGUGUCAAGAGACAAACGAAAGAGACACAGUAGUAGUUCCAAAAAGAAGAAACAUAAGAAGGAGAAAAAAGCAAAGAAAGAAAAGAAAAAAGAAAAAAAGAUGAAAAAGGAAAUGAGAAAAGAAAAAAAGCAAAAGAAAAAUUUAAAGAAAUCUAUAGACAGUGACAAUUCUGACGAUAGCAGCAGUAACAACAGCAGCGAGGAAGAGAUCUGGGUGGAAAAAAACACAGUUACUGAAAAACCAAAACCAAGAAAGGAUUCUAAUUCGGACAACAGUGGAGAUGAUACUGCGAUUGGACCAGCUCCAAAGCCACAUGUAACUCUUUCAGCAAAAGAUUUUGGCAAAGCGCUGUUACCAGGCGAGGGUGCGGCAAUGGCUGCUUAUGUCGCUGAAGGAAAACGCAUACCUAGAAGAGGUGAAAUCGGUCUUACAUCUGAAGAGAUAGCGUCGUAUGAAUCUGUUGGUUAUGUCAUGAGUGGCAGCAGACAUCGUCGCAUGGAAGCUGUUCGUAUACGUAAAGAAAAUCAGAUUUAUUCUGCAGAUGAAAAGCGCGCCUUGGCGAUGUUUAGCAAGGAAGAACGGCAGAAGAGAGAGAAUCUUAUAUUGGGUCAAUUUAGAGAGGCUAUUAAUCAAAAGAAGCUAGCGCAAGAGAAGAAAAAUUGAACAUAGAAUCUUAUGUACAUAACACAUAAUGCAACGCAAUUUUAAAAUAAACUUUCUACAAUUUUCCAAGCUUUUACAUAUGUUAUGACAGAUGAAAUUGAUUUGUAUGACUAUGAAGUUAAUUGUAUGAUAUAUGUAUUUUAUGUAUGUAUAUGUAAUAUAUGUAUGUGUGUGCGUA